AUGUCGCGUCUACGAAGAUUCGCUCCUCUCCUGUUGCUGAUUGCAGUCCUGCUGCUGGACCACCAAUCAGCAGCGUCCACGUGGCAAGAGCACGGAACGCUCGAUGUUUGCGCGACCAAGCAAACAUGCGAGGAACAAAACUUGAGAUUUGCACCAGAGGGCAAGAGCGAUAUUUUUGCGGAGGGCGUAGCUGCUGCUUCUGACUCUGCUGUCCCCACUGACGCUGCUGCUACCGACGGUUCUGUUCCUCCUUUAGCUGAUUCCAGCGAUGCGCAAACGGGUCAGAAGCAGAGCAGAGCGGACGAUCCGGAAUCUGAGGCUGGCGUGACUGAAUUGGAGCAGGGUGUGACGCAAUCGGAGGAUGUGAUAAGGGACGGAGAGUCGAGCACGCUAUCUGAAGUGAAUGUGACUGCCAUGAGGCAUCAAGUAGAGGAGAUGUUCUAUCAUGCGUAUGACGGUUACAAGCGAUUCGCCUUUCCACAAGACGAGCUGAAGCCUCUCAGCUGCUCUGGCUCCAAUCCCUAUGGUGGCAUGGCUAUGACGCUCAUGGAGAGCCUAGGCACGCUGCUGCUUCUCGACAACGUAUCAGAGUUCAACUGGGGCGUGGAGUACCUCUCUCACCACCUCUCCUUUCACAAGGCGAUUCAACGCCCUGCCUCAUCCCCCCUCCCUCUAUGUUCUUCCAUUCCAUGCACCCCACGGGGCCCACCCCCACCUCCCUACCCUUGCAGCUUCUGGGCAACAAAUGUAUUUGAGGCCAACAUAAGGGCUCUGGGAAGCCUCCUAUCCGCCCACAUGCUUAUCCUGCAAAGCCACGACCCCACGCUGCCACCUGUCCAUCCCUCAUUGGCUGGCGUGCAUCUGGCACCUGGGUACAAGGGCCGUCUGCUGGAGCUGGCUAUUGAUCUGGGCUUCAGACUUCUCCCCGCCUUCUCAUCAGGCACGCCCAUCCCCUACGCAUGGGUGAAUCUCCGGAGGGGAGUUCUUCCAGACGACGUCACUCAUACAUGCACUGCCGGCGCCGGCACUCUGCUGCUGGAGUUCAGUGCGCUCUCGAACAUCUCCGGCAUUCCCAUUUUCCAGUCACACACUGCUGGUGCCGGCACUCUGCUGCUGGAGUUCAGUGCGCUCUCGAACCUCUCCGGCAUUCCCAUCUUCCACGAGAAGGCAGAGGCAGCAGUGGUUGCUCUGUACAGGCGGAGGUCGCCCCUGAACCUCGUGGGCAAUGGAAUCAGCAGCACGUCAGGGGGUCCUUCUUUCCUUCCCUCCUCCCUCAUUCACUCCUUUCCUGUUUCCCUCCCUCCGUCAUCCCCUGCUUGCACAUGGCCCUCCACCCCCUCCCUCGUCCCCUCCAUCAUUCCCCAUACUCUCUCAUCUGAUGCUACCUCUAUGGACCCACUCCUUUCGCUCUCCCCUCUCGCAUUCGUUCCACUCUCACUCUCCUCGCCAACCUUCCCUCCCACUCACCCCUUGUCUCUUUCAGGAGUGUGGCUGCAGCGGGAAUCCACAGCAGGAGCUGGCGUUGACUCCUUCUUUGAGGUGAGCAUUGACCUGGUCUUGGAGGUGUAUUCUGGUGCAAUGCGGUAUAUGGCGGUACGGGGGGAGUCCAUGGUGCGCUGGCUGCUAGAUGUGGGCAUAGACAACGGGCAUCUGGGCCGGCACUAUGCCUCGUCCCUCCAAGCGUUCUGGCCCGCCAUGCAGGUUCUUGCCGGGCAGACCGCGGAUGCCCGAGUCAUCCACAGUGGCCUCUGGGCAGUGUGGAAAAGGUUUUCCUUCCUGCCUGAGCUUUUCAGCGUGACUGCUUCAGCCGUUCAUCCAGUGUAUGUAUGGAUGCUUACAUGUAACAGAGAGCGCAUUUAG